AUGGAUUGCGACAGCGAUUUUACUGAUUCAAGGAGUACAGCUUGUAUCAGUUCUACAAAAGUUGAGAUAUUGAAAAUCAUUGGGAACAAAUCAUCAAAGAAUACCAAUUCUCGAUUAAAUGAAGGCGCCAAUGGCCAAUCUACUUUUUUCGGCGAUUUAAAAGACUUCGGGAGGAUAACUGUUGCUCAGCGUGCAGUCGCAACAGCCCGCAAUUUAUUUGGUGAAUCUGAAGCGAAACAUAAUUUCUUUGACACUAAUGGAGUUGAUUCAGUGAACAAAAGCCUCAUUUCCUUCCUCACGAGUGGACAUCGAAAGAGAUUGUUCCCAUUACAUACUUCACAAACAUCACGAAAAUCAAUAUCAAAAUUGUCCCUGGAACGUAUCGACACUCAUCUCAUUUCACCCUGUUCUUUCACGGACUGUUCAUUUGACGCCGUUAACAUGUGUAAUUAUGUAUCUGAUGACCAGCUCCAAAAUGAUGAAGAUCUUUUGUUAGAUGGCUGGUUUGCAUAUGCUGGUGAAACGAAUAACCCAGCAACAAUAUUUCUUAUGCGAACGUCAAAAACAAUAAAUAUACCUGAAGAAUCGCGAGUUAGUUUCUAUGUACACAUGGCAGGCAAAUAUGGCCGCUUACGAGUCUGUUUGGAUUCUCUUCAGAAAUGUCCAUUUGAAAGGACUGGACAAACGCUGAGCGUGAAAACGAGAAAAUGGACAAAUUUCCAUAUCAACAUUUCGCGAGGAUUCCACACGAUUUAUUUUGUGGCAGACAAAUUAAAGAAGAAUUACGUGAUUGGACUUGAUAAUAUUCACUUACUAAUUAAUCAUGGAGAAGUUUUUGCUCCAUGUUCACGAUAA